AUGGCACUUGAAUUGGAACCGGGUGCUCUGGUCAUUCACACCAGCAAUUCAGACCUGAGCUUUCAGACAUUGAGCACCCCCAGCCCUGCCCUCAUUCUGCCUCCCCAGCCCCACCUCUACCCCCACUUCUCCCCCCACCCCCACCCCCACAUCCACCCUCUCUUCCCCACAUCCGCCUCAUUCAACAGUGCCACCUCCUCCUGCAAAACAGUGGCCAUGGUGCACGCCGACGCCCAUCCCUUCUCCUCCACCUUCUCACGCCUCCACGCAACCCGGGACCACCACCAAGGGACAUCGGUGCCCAUCGACCUCCUGCCGGACCACAUCUUCCUGGACAUCUUCGCCCGCCUGCCCACCAACCAGCUGUGCUGCUGCGCCCGCGUCUGCCGCCGCUGGUACAACCUGGCAUGGGCCCCCCGGCUGUGGCAGAGCAUUCGGCUGACAGGCGACUUGCUCCAUGCCGACCGAGCUUUGCGGGUGCUGACGCAGCGUCUCUGCAAGGACACGCCCAACGUGUGCCUGAUGCUGGAGACGCUGGUGGCGAGCGGGUGCCGGAGGUUGACGGACCGUGGGCUGCACACAGUGGCUCAGUGCUGCCCUGAGCUGCGCUGCCUGGAGGUGGCGGGCUGCUAUAAUGUGUCAAACGAGGCGGUGUUCGAGGUGGUGUCAUGCUGCCCCAACCUGGAGCACCUAGACGUCUCAGGGUGCUCCAAGGUGACCUGCAUCAGUCUGACACGGGAGGUCUGCCUCAAACUCUCGCCCAUGCACGGCCAGCAGAUCUCCAUCCGCUACCUGGACAUGACCGACUGCUUCGCCCUGGAGGACGAGGGCCUGCACACCAUCGCCGCCAACUGCACCCAGCUCACCCACCUCUACCUGCGGCGCUGCGUGCGCCUUACCGACGAGGGUCUUCGCUACCUGGUCAUCUACUGCCCCGCCGUGCGCGAGCUCAGCGUCAGCGACUGUCACUACGUCAGCGACGUCGGCCUACGCGAGAUCGCCAAGCUCGAAGGCCGGUUGCGCUACUUGAGCGUGGCGCAUUGCGGAAGGAUCACCGACGUCGGGGUGCGGUAUGUCGCUAAGUACUGCUCGCGGCUGCGCUACCUGAACGCGCGGGGCUGCGAGGGCCUUACAGACCAUGGCCUGGAAUACCUGGCCAAGAGUUGCCCCAAGCUCAAGUCGCUGGACAUCGGGAAGUGCCCGCUAGUGUCGGAUGCGGGCCUGGAACUGCUGGCGCUCAAUUGCUUCAAUCUGAAGCGGCUGAGCCUCAAGUCAUGUGAGAGCAUCACAGGCCGCGGGCUGCAGGUUGUGGCGGCCAACUGCUUCGACCUGCAGCUGCUCAACGUGCAGGACUGCGACGCCCCACUGGAGGUGCUGUGCUUUGUUAAGCGCCACUGCAAGGGUUGCAUCAUUGAGCACACAAACCCUGCUUUUUUCUGAGGAGACGGGCGGAAAGGGAAUGGACUAUGAACUGAAGCCUGUAUCCCACACAGACGUACUGUAAUAUGCACAAACAAUCCAUCAUUGUUUAUCGCAGUGGAAUUAAGACUGUUUAAGUUAGUUUUUCUCUGCAAUUUAAUUAUGAGUAGGUUCACAUGUACUGUGCUGUAAUAUGCACAGUCAAGGGGUCUGAAUACUUUCCGAAUGCACUGUAUAUAUAUUUUUUAUUUCUUUCUGAGAUUCACAUGGAACAUUCCACUGAAGAAGCCUCCCAUACUGUUUUGCAAUGCUGGUGGGCCAUAGUUCCGAGUCCAAAAACUCAAGUCAUUCCACAUUGCUUAAUUAAAGUGGCUGUACAGGAGUUUAGUUGCUAAUUGUUUACAUAACAUUUUAGCAUGAGUGUUGCUGUACGGUUCAUAUACGCAGAUGAUAUAAUAUUAGUAAAUGUUGAACUCAUAAAACCACAUCAACCUUAGUUUUAUCUGACAAUAUGGUUCUAUUCAUGGGCAUGAAAUUGAUUAGCAAUAUUUCUGUCCAUUUAGGGCAGGGGUGUCAAACUCAUUCCACAGAGGGCCAAGAGUCUGCAGUUUUUUUUUUCUUCCUUUCAAUUAAGACCUAGACAUCCAGAAGAGGGGGAGUUCAUUAUUAAUUAGUGACCUUAAUUCAUCAAUCAAGUACAAGGGUGGAGCGAAAGCCCGCAGACACUUGGUCCUCUGUGGAAUGAGUUUGAAACGUGAUUUAGAGGAUUUAAAGUUUUGUAUGGCCUUUUUAAUCUAUUACAAUGUUUUUUUUAAAUGUUGGCUUUUCAAUUCAAGUCUAAAAUGUGCUCUUAUUCAAUGUUUAAAUGUCAUUCUUCUGCAGUUUAAAUGGUGUGUGGGGGGGGGGGAUUAAAUGUCCAGUGCCAUUUUGCUAAAGAAUUGUGUACAUUAGCACCACAUUCUAACUAAGCUCAGACAAUCACUAGAACAAGUGUGUUCACUACUCUCUUUUUAUUGGUUUUGUUUAAAGACAUAAU